CUGCGUAACCGGCUGCUGGAUCGUAGCGAGGUAGAACGAGACACAGACACGUCAGCAGUAAGCAGAUCGCGUCGGACCUUUCCGGUGGCCUUGUUGACGGGCCAACGGCCAAACAAGCUGGUUGUAACCAUUGUAGUAGUGCUUAAGACUUGUGAGGGGAGCACCAGCGAUAACAGCAAAGCGAUAGUGACCAGGUAAAACUUAUCGGUUGUGAAUGUUACCUAUUUGUGCUGGCGGUGCUGUGGUAGCCGUUGAACUGAACGACCAGUCAUUGUUGUGGGACUCCGAUUAGCAUCAUCAGUCUCCGUACAAAUAUCGAGUUGUCCAAUUCAAAAGGUGAACAGUCGUUUGUUACUGCCAGAGGAUAAGGAAGGCGGGCCUAUUCGAAAGCGCGGCAACGGUUUUAGGGUGACACCACCCGGCUGCGUGUAAGAAAAGGCGGCCUUCCCCUAGUCGUUGGCAAUGGCCAGCUCUUCCCUUCUUCAAUCGACACCAGCGGCAGAUCGCCUUAGUGACCCCGUUGUUCACGUGCAUCUUGUAUGUGGAAUAUUGUGUCCUGCCUGAUCCUCGACCUCACGACUUCCGUCUUCAGACUCCCUUUGGAUUUUUAUGCUACUACAAGAAAGGUCAGAGGAUGUGCACGUUCAGUUCCGCGGCUUCGCAACCUACUCUUUUCUGGCGUAACGGUAUCAAAUCAGCUUGACUACUACCAUCGCGGUUGGCUCGUGGACCGAGUUUUCCGAUGAGUACGCGGCAGGUUGCGAUGUGUUCCGUACAGCUACUCUAUGCCCUGUUGGCUUCGGUGACUUUUGCGGAGCGUGAACCGCCCUUGCGCGCGAUUGUCUGGGGCCCAGGGUUACGAGGCGACUUUACCUUGCCCGUCAGAUAUAUAUUUAUUAAAAUCCAAAACAAGAAUGGCAACAGUUUGCCUGAGGUUUCACCGUCUGACCUAUUCGUUGAGUUCCGUGACGCAUCGUCAGGUUCAAUAAAACAGUUCCAAGCCGAUUUGCUUCGAACAGCGGAAGGAAACACCAGCUUUCUCUAUCGCUACCGCCCUCACAACUCGUACCCGGGCAAUAUUGUAUUCAACGUUUUCUACAAACGACAACGUCUAGCCAGCGAAACCAUCAACGGGCCUAUCUACUCUGAAGAAUGCGAUUGUCCAUCAGGAACUCAGAGGUGGUUAAUGGACCAGGCCCGUUGCCCGCCAAUAAGCCCCCAGAUUCUCACAGACCUCAAACCGUUCCCCAUAAUUCGGCCGGAAUACAAUCGUAAGGUUCGUGUUGCGAUCUGCACUGACCAACAGGUAAUGCAAACCUUUUACGACCUGCCCUAUUCUGUGUCCGUCUGCAACUAUAUCAUUAAGCAAAAUCGCAUUUACCGAAAAUGUAUGGGCGAGUACGUGGGAUUCACCAUGUUCGUAGACGCCAUCCUCACUAGCCUCGUCCGAAAGGUAAAACUGCCUGAUGUAGACUUCAUAGUGAAUCUCGGAGAUUAUCCACUCGCAAAACAGGACGAACAGCGAUAUUCGCCUCAAAUUCCGAUCCUCUCUUGGUGCGGCUCUGAAGAUACUCGUGACGUAGUAAUGCCAACUUAUGAAUUGGUCGAGGCUUCGGUCCACAUGAUGCGUCGCGUGGCCCUCGAUAUAUUUUCUGUACAGGAUCGAACAAGUCAUCCGUUUGAGAGUCGUUUGCCGAGUGCGUUUUGGCGGGGUCGGGAUUCUCGCGAAGAAAGACUGCAACUAGUAAAACUAUCUCAAAACGAGCCUCAUUUGCUCAAUGCGUCGAUAACAAAUUUCUUUUUCUUCCGCGACCAAAUGAGCAAAUUCGGGGGCAAAACUCCCCACGUGAGUUUCUUCAAUUUCUUUCAGCACAAGUAUCAGGUCAAUGUGGAUGGUACAGUGGCUGCAUACAGGUUACCUUUCCUUCUGGCUGGAGGCAGCACUGUCUUUAAGACACAUCCGACGCCAUUUUACGAACAUUUUUACCAUCUACUCGAGGAGAAUGUAAACUUUAUUGGCGUCCGGCCAGACCUUUCGGACCUAAUGGAUAAGAUCCGUUUUUGUCUCAACAACGAAAAGCACUGCGCACAGGUGGCACGCAAUGGACGACAGUUGGUCAACGACCAUUUGCUACCACAUCUAAUCUAUUGUUAUUACGUACAGUUGCUUCUGGAAUUCGCGACACGUAUUGAAGGUCCAGUGGAAGUUCCUGAUGGGAUGAAGCAUGUGGACCAUAGACAAGAUAGUAAUUGCAACUGUUUUUCAGUUGCAAGAAGUAGUAAUCACUAUAGGCCAUUAAAUAGGACUUCAUACAGGAAAGAAUUGUGACAGCUCUUCAUGCAGAAGGUGAAAUCACACAGCAGGGAUUGAACUGGCAGUUGUUUAAAAUGUAAGCAUUGCAGGUUAUUCUAAGUUUGCUUAGUCAUCAUUUUCAUGUCACUUGUACAUCUAUUAAGACCAAUAUCCCAACACGGACGUAGUGUUAAAUUGUAUACACUCCUAUUGAAGUGGGACUCUUGCUUAAUAACAUAACAAAAAAUAUAACAACACCUAAGCAAUGUAAUAUACAGACGUUAUACGAUGCCAAAGCGAAAUAGUAUUAGACUCACAUAUAGAAGGCUGAUGUUAUAUAUAUGUACAUAGAUAUAUAUGUAUACAUAUACAACGAUUUGUUUAGAACGAACGCUUAAUGUUUUCGUUUUAUAUGUAUAUAUAUAAUUAGCAGGUUUUUGUGAUAAAUUCGUAUUCACAUCUAAUAAAGGGGGUUAAAACCACAA